AAUGCAUUAUGCAUUAGAGCAUCUCCAAUCUAAAACUUCAUUUUUUUUUUCUUCAAAAUAGAGUAAAAUAGAGAUGUUUUACUCGAACUAAGAUUCGAUGAGCUUUUCCGAUGAGGAUCGGGGAAAUCAAGUGGCUAUUACGAGGCGGGGAUGGAAGGAUCCAGUCAAGGACAGAGGAUUUGGAAAGUUACAAAGAGAAUUGAAGGGCGGGGAAGAUUGGGCAUUCUCGGAUCUUGAUUCGGAUCUGGAAAACAAGGGAUGCUUUUGUUUACGGAAACUUGUGGUACUAAAGGGUUGUGAGGAUCUAUUUGUUUAUGGGAAGAAUAAGGUCUUAGGGAUGCAAUCUCUUCAGCAAAUAAUCAGACAAGGUAUAAUCUCUUCAAAACUUGAUCUGAUAUCGGAUCUGCUUAUUGUGAUGAGACAAGUUAUUACUUGCUUGCGAUUUGGUAUUAAAAUUUGGAUUCACGGGGUAUUGUGAGUUUGGAAAGAUCUAAAGGGAUUUCUAAGGAUACUUGGUAGUAGAGGAUCUUGCGAAAUCAUUUUGGUAUCCAUCAUAGUGGCUAGUUGGAAAUUAAAGAUUGUAAUAGGAAUCUUGGUCUUUACAGUUUUGAUACGACUGAUUAUUGCUCUAGGAAUGAUUGAGGAGUAUAUAAUAGUCAUUCAGGCGAGAGGUUUAGGCAUCAAUUUCAAUCAAAAUAGUUUUAUAUUGCCUCUUUUUCAUUAUCUCUUUGAGGUUACUAAUUGGGAAGGAGGGGAGCCCCAAGGGUGCAGUUGGUAACAUGAACAUCAAAAGAAGGAAGAUCACGUUCCACAUUUUGACAACACAGCCCUCAUCAAAGGCUAUGCAAGAACGCUGAUAGGGAGAUGCAUGAACCCGAAGCAACAAGACGUUAAGGCUUUGAUCAUCAUGCUUCCUAAAAUAUGGAAAAUGGAGGAGAGGGUGGUGGGAGCGGACCUGGGACUUGGCCGUUUUCAGUUUGAUUUUGAUGAGGAGGAAGACAUCGAGACGUUCUGGACGGCUCCGUUGUUUGAGAGUAUAGGGAAUGAUCUGGGUGAAGUUAUGGAGGUCGAUUUGGAUACUGGUAGGAUAAGGGUGAGGAUUGACGGAUUUCAGAACUUAUGUUUUGAAACUACGGUGGAUCUCCGAGGUGGGGAGUUCUACGAAGGUGAAGAACUAACUGUAUCACUAAGAUAUGAGAAGCUCUUUGGGUAUUGCAGAACCUGCUUCAGCCUGUGCCACGACAUUCACAAGUGUCCAUUGGGUAAAGGAAGUGUAGAAGAAAAGAGUGAGAACCGAGAGACCCAUACAGGACGACUUGAGGAACGUAGCUCCAGCUACAAAGGCGUGGUGAUUCAUGGGAAUGUGGACACCAAAGAGAAGGAGAUGGAGAGAAGAGGGUAUCAUGGAAAGGGGAAAGAAAAGAUGUACGAGGAGCCGGAUUCAAAAUGGGUUAAGGUGGGAGACAGAGAUAACAGGAGAUCAUCUGAUGGUCGUGGCAAACACAGAGGAUCAGAGGGGGGGGUCAAGCAAAUUUGUAGCGAGAAGCUCGUUUAAGGAGGACCGCACGCGAACUUUGCACCGUGGAGUACAGAGAGAAAGGAGCCCCAGAGAACAUGUUUAUUCAAGAGGUUGUCUGCUUGAGCGCAGGCAGGAAACAAACUCAGAGGCAAGGUCUACAGGUUCUGAAGAAGGUGAGCUCCAGAUGUCACACCAUGAGCCUAUCAAUGAGCUUCCUUUGGAGAUAGGGGAAUCUACGGAGGCAACUAAAGAGGGUAAGGAAAUUGAAAAGAUAGAGAACGAUUUAGAUUUGAUGAACGAGGUCCUAGGAGAGGAGGAUGGUUUACUAGGAGAGAAUGAUUUACUAGAUGAGAAUGAGAUGGACAUUGACGAGCAGGAAGCUCGAGCCUUUUGGGAUGAUAUUACUGAAGACGUUGCAAACGCUGAGGCUGAAAAUGAAGACGUUGGGGAAGAUUUCCAAGAGCUAA